GCGCUCUAGUCUUUUUCCAGGAAAUAAGCAGGCAUCGAUAUGCUGGUGAUGGUUUUUGGGAAUAGAAACGCGCAGGCGUGUUGCGGUGUGGGUGGAUUUGGGGGCCCCGCGUAAAACAGGGCGGCGUUUCUAUGGUGAGGAGGUCUUAAUACGCCACAUGGACCCGGACACAUCGCGCCCUCUGCGACUGCUUUGAACGCAAUUCUCGGACGAUACAUUGCAGCAGCCGGCUACAUCUCUGACAUAUCGCUCGUAGUCGCGUUUUAAAGUAGUGCUUAUUUAUUCAAGGCCUCUCGGCGCUGAUCAGGGGUCUCUGUUAAGCUUUUAUGUAAUGAUCCGCUCUGGCAAGGAAUAUUCUGGACUCUGGUCUUAGCUGAGAAUCGGUUUCCAGUCAAGACGUCACGUUUGGAAAUGCGUCUUCCUCCUUGACGACCGUCUGUGAAUAGUAGCAUCGCAUCAUAUAGACUGUAGAUCUCUCCCACAGGUGUCUUUCACAUAAAGGAUGUGGAUCUGAUGAAACAGCUGAGGCUGGCCACCUCCUCGAUCACUUCAUCAUUCGCUCACCGAUUUGACGUUAAUGUUUCGCCAGGAGGUUGGUGUCCUGUCUUUUAUUCCGUCUUGUUCGUACCUUUUCCAAUACGAGCAGAGGAACAUGUCUCGGUAUAAUAUCUACAGUCUGCUGGACUGGAUGUAUGGAGGGGUGGACCCCAUGUUUGAGGGCAAUGGAGGGCCCGAGUGCGCUGCCUUCCUCUCUCCCCGGCAGAGAAUAUUUGAGACUCUGAUCAUUGUGUUCUUUUCUAUCCUGGAAGUGGUGGUGGCCAUCAAAAAGCUCAAUGUCCCUAAAGAGGUCAGAGAUGUGGGGAAGGAUGGCAGGAGGAGUAAGGAAGACACCUGGGGCAAAAACCUGUUGCUUGUAGCUCUGUGCAUGACUUUUGGAGUUGAGGUUGGGUUCAAGUUUGCCACAAAGACUGUCAUCUACCUCCUCAAUCCAUGUCAUGUGGUCACGAUGGUGCAAAUCUUCCUGCUUGCAUGUCCACCCUGUAAAACUGCAAUGGUUAUCUUUAGGCUUCAGGUCCAUAUGCUGAAUGGAGCCCUUCUAGCUCUUCUCUUUCCCGUAGUCAACACUCGACUGCUUCCAUUUGAGAAGGAGAUCUAUUAUAUUCAGCACUCCAUGCUGUAUCUCGUGCCAGUCUACCUCUUCAGAAAAGGAGGUGUGUACAAGCCAGAGCCGCUCGGAGACAUGUGGUGGGCGCUGCUGUCCACGGGCAUCCUCUUCCUCUACCACUUUGUGUUCCUCCAGGGCCUUGGAAUGCUGACAGAAGUGAAUUUGAACAACAUGCUGUGUCCCGCUGUCUCUGACCCCUUCUAUGGACCAUGGUACCGCAUAUGGGCGACGGGCCACCAGACUGCCCUGACGUUAGUGCACGGCAAGGCUCUGACCAUCCUCUCGCAGCACACCGCUCCCACGUGCCGCUAUUUACUGGAUAUAGCAUGUCUACGCAACAAGAAGUUGGACUAGUGUUUUUAACAGCAGUCUUACAUGGACAAAAACUAAACUGGAGUCCAGCAUCCUAGGAAAAAAAAAGUGUAGUACAUAGAGCUAUAUAAAACUUUAGCACCUUUUUUCUGUUUGUUGUUUGGUCCAAAUCUGGUUUAUCAAAGCUGGAUCAUUAGAUCGUAUAGAAAGACUGUUUUAACACCAUAGGAACGGGAUUCAAGCAACAUAAACCUUGCCUUGUUUUUUUUGUUUUUUUAGUUUUAACAUUUAGCAAAUUGAAGAUUCGUUAACCUCAAGAAACAAGACGUAACCUUUCUUCUCAAGUUGCCUUCUUUUGUUACAUUCAGCUGGGGGCCAGUUCCUUUAGCUCAUUUGUCAGUUGUAAACGCUGCAUUUCCUCACGCUUUGCUUUGCUAGUGAGGCAGUUUUAAUAGACUGUCUCAAAAUGACAAUUUGUUAAUAUCGUAGACCUGUUGUGGAAAGCAUAAAUGUAGUGGUACUGUAUGUCUAGGAGCUUUUCCAGCUCUCUUUCUUUAAUACCAGUAUGUAAAUAGUCUAAAUUUUAAGCUGAAGCUAUUAGCCGUGGUCUCGUCCACCAAGCAUUUUGUGUUGGCUUUAAGCGAUUCCGUUUGCUAUUUGAUCGGAAAAUGACAGUGUUCUAUCAUAGCAAAUUGGUUGUUGUUUGUAGAUGGCAGAAUGACCAUUUUAAAGAUUAUUUUCCAGUUUUCAUUUGUUUAACUGAUAGCUACCCUUUAGAUGUUUCUUUUUGACGGGAGUUAAAAUGGUUCAACCUUAUUUUCCCCUUCAAUUUUUAACAUUAAGCUAAACCCAAUUAUCUACAAAUGGGUAAAUAUGUACACACACACACGCACAUGCACAAAAAGUCCAAUGUGGACUCAAAUGAAGGAAGAACAAGUUCUAUUAGGGUUGCAUUGAAACUGUUCUGUUCAAGUGUAUUCAGCUGUUUGCAUGUCAAGCCCAGAAACUAAGACUUGCUAGAUAGUUUUGGACUGUUGCAGCCAUGUGAAUUAUGGGAUCACUCAUUUCAAUGUAUGUAACUUGACUGAAAGGGAAACCUGUCUGUGUUGGUGUCAUUUUUGUACAUAUGUUUUUAUGGUCUAUAUUAAAGGUCUUCUCCAACAUGUCAUUAA